GUAGGCCCUCAAGAGUAUAAAGACUAUCACAGAUGGACGAAAAAAAAAACCAAGACUGUCAAACCGUCAUUCCCUAUAAAGGCUAUCUAUAAACUUCAUCAUCCGUAGUAUUGCUUUGUAGAUUUUAGUAACUAUUUAACUAAAAUUGAGUUUUUAGUGCUACACAAUUCACGACUUAUUUUUGUGGUAUACAUCUUUACAACUGUAUCAAGUUAGGAAUUAAAAAACAACUGACCCCGAUUGAAACCGUACAAAAUGACUGAAGAGUGUAUGAAAUUGGUUGACACCGAGAUCCGAGGUUCUAAAUCUCUGAUGCUCUCAUUUACAAUGAACAAAUCCAAGUUAAGAGUCGAUAAAUAUAUUAGGAGUCGGGACUUCAACAUCCAUAAUAUUGCAGAAAUAGGUUUUUUAUUGAAACUACACAAAGAUACUGAUAUCCAUUAUGAAAUAAUGGCAAGGAAACAUUCUUUGGCUAAGAACCUACUUGUACAAUUACAUGUGGUUUGCGAGGCUCCCCAAUUUGACAGUAAAUUAUCGUGCACAGAAGAAUGGCCUGGAAAGACUAUUAUGGGUUGGGGAGGUGUAGGAAUUAAGCAUUUUCACAUACUUAUUAAUAUCUCUGUGAGUAGUGCAGGUAUAAUAAAUAUGAAGCUUUAUGAAGAUGAAGAAUUUACCGACUUCAAACUGAGUACUGAUGAAGGCAGUUUGCCGGUGCACAAAGCUCAUUUAGCUGCUAACAGUGAUGUGUUCAAGACGAUGCUAAGCCGGGAGUGGAAGGAGACAUCUGAGGGCCGAGUACAGAUAGAAGGAAUCUCUCUACAAACACUGAAGCAUCUAAAGCAGUACAUGUACUUGCGCACUCUACCCGAUGAAGGGCUGCUUCCACUACUGUUGGUUGCUAGAUACUACCUAAUGGAUAAUCUUAAAGCAGAAUGCCUUAUUAAAAUAUCUGAAACAGUUACAUCAGAAAACUUGUAUGAGAUCUUGGAAUAUUCAUUUUUGAAUAAAAUACCGGAGUUGAUGUUUAAUGUAAUUGAGAUAAUACCAAAAUCUAUUGUCAAAGAUGCUCAUGAAAUAAUGAUAAAAAAUCAAAAGAGUUGUGGACUAACUGAGGAAACAAAGGUGGAGGAAAAUAAUUUUAACGAUGAAUAAUAGUUUAUAUUUUACUGAA